UCGAUGGUUGAGAAUUGGAUUCACGAUGGCUCCAGAGCGAGAUGGACUAUCAAUAUCUUUUGACAUUUCCUGCACAUUAACUGCAUGUCUGGCUGCGUUUUCUUUUCUUUUGAAUGAUUUAAAGGGCUGCGGUUUAAUCCUCGUGAAGCAGAAUGGAAAACACGAUCAUAUUACACCAUGUGAUCCAUUGCUCCAAAAUCAGAUAAAGUAAAGUAUAAAGCAUUAAUAUGUUGAAGUCGCGGAGUGUUGAUGUAACUUUGAAUCAUAACGGGGUUGUUUCGGGGGCACUGUGACCCAUAGCCCGCCCCAAACAACGUGUUUCUAUUGUUUGUGUACCGUUUCCUAACGGCCACUAGUUUGUCCUUCCCCGCUCGCCGUACUUUCACAUGACUUCCACUGAAGACGUGUGACCGACCCGCAUUCCUCAAGUGGCGCUAACUCUGUCCAGCUGACUGAGUUUAGCAGCAACUGAACGCAAACAGCGGGCGACGACACUUCCCAUUGCUAUUGCCGCGCGCGCGCGUCUAUCUGUGUGUGCGUGUGUGUGUAGUUUGUAACAUUCCACUCAUUUGUGUUCUCCAAGUCUCGGAAUUUGACAUCUCACUUGGGAGUGGCAGCCAAAACCUUCAGGUUUUUCUUCUUCUUCUUCAGUCCAUCGGGUAGGAAAUACAUGCGUGUGAGAUAACUGAUGAACUGAGUGGAAUCGCGCCCCCCCCCCCCUGCGGGCUCGCCUUGGUGAUGACUGAGCUCAUGCAGCCGGACUCACGAAGGUGUACUUAUUUCUUCCUCUACGAUGGAUCCAAAGUCAAAGGAGAGGGUGAUCUCACAAGAGAAGGAAUCUGCUACUUCUACCCUGAAGAGACCCCUUUAGAUGAGCAGGAGCUGCUCUGUGGUCAGCUGGCCGGCGCCGGCCGCUGCGUCUCUGAACUCUCCUCCUCCCCCGUGUGCGUACUGAGGCUGCGCCGCAACAAGUUUGCCAUCCGUAUGAAAGAUGACUUUUUUUGGGCUCUGGGCUGCCCAGUGGAAGUACCCACCAUCAGUGUCUGUGAGCUGCUGGAUCAGCUGAUAAACCUCUUCCGUUUCUACAAUGGUUCUGUCCGGAGGAGCUACCAGCCUUGUUUUGCGACGCAGCUUAACAGGCCUGAAACUCUGGCGAGUCGAUGGGCGCAGUACCUCUCACACCUGCAGUCGGGAUCCUCAGACCUCCAUCACAUCUUCAGCUGCUUGAGAACAAUCGACGCAACUAAUAUUGACCCACUUCUCCUGCUCAAAGCGGCCCUCAUUCUCCAGGCGUGUCAGCGCUGCCCUCUGGUUUCAGCGGGCUGCGUUCUUUUCCGGGGACGGGUUGUGAGCACACAGAUAUCUCCAGAGCUCACAAUGAAGGUGAUGGUUCAUGAGAGUGAAACAUACACCAAGGGCCCGAGGUGCAACGACCCGGGUACCUUCAACUCAUUUGGCGGUGCCGUCAGCUCCACGACCGUCUUCCUGACCGUGUCUGAACUUCAGCACCUGCAAUCCGGCCCCGGCGACAAAGAUUUCAGGUCCCAUUCUACUCCCCACAAAAAAAAACCCACAAGGAAGACCCGCCUGUCCAGAACAUUAUCCAACACUCCCUCCACUGAGUCGGAGCCAUCGGAUGCGUUUUCCUCCCCGUCCUUCAGUCGACGCCUGUCCGACAGCUCUGUGUUCAGCCCAGAUCCGUCGCAGAGCGGCGCAGAUCCGACACCCCAGCAGCCGGACCCCCCUUUCUCAAACGGAGAACCCUCUCCUGAAGCGGAGGAGGAAGUGCCGGAAGAGUCCAAUUACGAAAGUUUUCACAGCAACGGAAAUGGAGUCAGUCAGAUGCAUAACGAAGCAGGCGGCUCAUUGUUUGGAGAAGACUCCCGUUUAAAUGGAGGCGGGGGAGAUGGAGACGCGGCCCGCGGGCCAGUGUUUGACUUCAGAGGGGCGGAGGAGUCGCGCGACCACAACGUUUUCGAAGAGGUCAGUGGAGGCGGCUGUGGGAACGUUCAGGGCCGAGGGGCAGAGAGCCCCGAUCCGGCUCGCUCCGACGACAGUCCGCUGAUUCCCAUGACGCUGUACCUGCACCGGGUCAAAGGCUUGGUGCUGGCCCUGCUGGUGGAGCCGUGCUUCCUGAGUGACACCGAUUCGAUGGAGGAAGUGUAUCACAGCAGCCUGGCGUCUCUCAAUGGACUGGAGGCCCAUCUGAGGACCGUCUCUCCAGGGGCAUCGGGCCCUCAAGGACCCUAUUUAUUUGCCCACUUUGACUGCGUUCAGAGCACGCUGACAACCAACCUGUCUGCUCGACCGGGGGGAGCCCUGCAGCGGCCUUUUGUGAGAGCCACAUCACUUCUUCACUCCCAUUUCUGUAACACUGAAACUCUGCAGGAGGCUAUUAUCAGGAGUGCUGGAGCUGCUGUGUACGGAACCCGCAGCGUGGCCCAGGAAACUUACUUCCAGCAGCACGGGGGAUCGCUGAGGAACUCCGGCAUCCCUAACCACCAGGACAGUGCUUUCUCGCUUCCCGGCAAGGCACGGCACCGGCUGCUGAAACACGGGGUCAACCUGAUCUGACGGGACAGCGCCGCCCCGUCUGCUGUACUUAAGAUAUGAAAAGCUGCCCUGUGAGUAACCUUUAAAAUCCAAGGACCAAAUCAGAGGACUUAAGUCUUAGUCUGUUUUUUUGGCUGCUGUGGUUGUAUAAUGUUAGCCUCUGUGUGGUAUGUGCGGUGAACCAUUUGGCACUCACAACCGAGCUUUGCCUUUUCUAAAUUUCUAUUAGAACUGUGAAUAUCAGGAUGGUUGGUUAAGUUAUGUAGAUUAAUUUUAGUUAAAAACAAGGUUUGUCAGUUUUCAUCCCUGUUUUUUCCGUUAUGCUCAAACCCGUUGUAUCUUUUUCCAUAUUAAGUUCUUGUUAAAACACUGGACACAUGUUGCAAACUUUUCAUUUUCCAGGUGUCUCCUUUCGCCCUCUAAAGCAAAUGUUAAAGUUCCUCUUACUUGUAUUUAUUAUUUAAUUGGACGUUUUGACUAGAGCCUGGUUAGGAUCUUCAUAUUAUUUAACUUCAUUUGUUUAUCACCGUACUUCCAAAAGCGCACACACAGCAACUUGUUGUUGACAAAUGUAUAUACAUGAUCCAAAAAUAGAUUUUAUAAAGAUAAUUUAUUUGAAAUGAAGUCUUUGGUAACAUAAAAAAAUUAAGUCUUUUGCAAUUCAAUUUUUCUUUCCAUUAAAAGUGUCAUUUGUUAAACAUUUCAGUGUCCUGAUGCUUUCUAAUAAACAGUCCUCUGUGAUAUGCUGUACGCAUUAUUAGUGGGAAUUAAAUGAAUACAUGAUCCUCUCA